AUGCAUUUUGGGAGCAAUCCACGACUUAUUGAACAGAGUAAACUGCCAGUGUUUGUCUUCCCAACUGAAUUAGUCUUCUAUGCUGAUGAUAAAAGUUCUCACAAACAAGUCUUAACUGUGUAUAAUCCUUACGAGUUUGCUUUAAAAUUUAAAGUUCUGUCAACAUCACCUAAAAAAUAUGUAGUUGUUGAUGCAGAAGGAACUAUUAAGCCAGGAAAUUGUGUGGAUAUAGUUAUACGCCAUGCUGACUUCCGGGAGGCUUUGAUUGGCUCAAGGGAUAAAUUCCGUUUGAAUAUAUAUGAGCAUGGACAGAAAAAAAUUAUCGGUAAAAAGGACAUUCCGGCCAUUCUUAUAGCAUCAUCAGGUGAAAUAAGAAAAACACCCGAAAGAGAAUUUCAUUUUCAAGAAAGAGUCCACCAUAGUGAUUCCCAGGCUAUUGAUUCAUUUAAAAAUA